CAUACGUCGGUGAUAUCUGUUUCGAUAGUCUAUACUCUAAACCCCUCUCUGAAUCGGAUGGGCUGUAACGGCCAUUUAUCUCUCCUCCGCUAUCGCCACCGUGCACGGUGGUUCAAAAUCCUAACCAUUACGCAGUAGAGACUCUGAACUUGCGGAGUAUCUUCUAUUCGUUUUUCUUUAUUAUCUGUUUAUCGCCUAUCGACUCAAUGAACGAACCAAGACUGCAGAACCCUAGAGCGGCCAUUGGAGGCAGCUUCGCUAGCUCUAAGCAAAUGUCAAACGAUACAUCUGCGGGAGCUUCAAAGUCCGCGCCGCCCUCAAUACUCGACCGGUUUAAGGCCAUGUUGAAGGAGCGAGAUGAGGAGGUUAGGGUUUCUUCGGAAGAUGGUGUCAUUUCGCCUCCUACUAUGGAUGAGGUUGUGAGGCUUUAUGAGAUUGUGUUGUCGGACUUGACUUUCAAUUCGAAGCCUAUCAUUACUGAACUAACCAUAAUUGCUGGGGAGCAGAGAGAGCACAGCCAGGGCAUUGCGAAUGCAAUCUGUUCUCGUAUUCUGGAGGCCCCAGUUGAGCAGAAAUUGCCAUCUCUUUACCUUCUUGACAGUAUUGUAAAGAAUAUAGGCAGGGAAUAUAUAAGGCACAUCUCUGCCCGUUUGCCUGAGGUGUUUUGUGAGGCCUACAGACAAGUCCAACCCAACAUGUUUGCUGCCCUGCGCCACCUAUUUGGUACCUGGUCAACAGUUUUCCCAUCAUCUGUUCUCCGCAAGAUUGAGGCUUGCCUCCAGUUUUCCCCAUCCACAAGCCAUCAAUCUUCUGGCUUGACCAACUUGAGAGCUUCUGAAUCUUCUCGGCCAGGUCAUGGAAUACAUGUAAAUCCAAAAUAUUUGGAAGCGAGAAGACAAUUAGUAGGGCAUUCAACUAUAAAUGCUGUAGGAGCUGAAAAGUUGAGCUCUACUGGUCGUGCCGGACUUAUAUCUUCUGACAUAGAUGCUGUAAAAUUGCUUCCUACUGCAGCUGCAAGGACUGUACGGUCAUCUUCUCCUUUUGGUGUGGGACGAGCAAGGUCACUCUCACCACCAGUUGAUGAUUUUGCUGUAGAAAGUUCUCCACAAAUUUCUGAAAGGCCAUCACCAUCUCAUUCUAGAAUAGAUUAUGGGCUUAAUGGAGUAAUGGCCGGAGAUGAUGAGACAAUUGACUGGCACAGAAAUCUUUUACAUGAUGAUAGCAGUCAGCGGUUGGAAAACUCUGUUUCAUAUAAUGUCAAAAAAGGAGUUGACCUUCAAGGACCUAGAGCUCUGAUUGAUGCAUAUGGAAUAGAUGAAAGGGAAAAAACAUUUAAUUAUCAUCAUCAUAAGCUUGGUCAGCCAGAUGCAAAUGGUAUCGGCAAAAGGGUAGGUGUUAAAACAUGGCAAAAUACUGAAGAGGAAGAAUUUAAUUGGGAAGACAUGAGUCCAACACUUGGAGAUCCUAGUCGGCGUAAUGAUUUUUCAUCAUCUAUGCCACCAUCUGGGAGAUUUAUAACCGGACCCCGUGUUGGUUCUCUUCAAGCCGUAUCUGCUAUCAAUGAUUCCAGAAGGAGCUUACCAGAUCAGGCCCAGCAUUCUUUAGUUAAGUCUGGACGAGGGAUAACUAGUAAGAUUCCAGGAUUCUAUGAGGAGGCAUCUCUUAUUUCAGCUCCAAGUUAUAGUCAAGAACCUCAGUUUCUGCCACAAGAUUUCCCGCAGCAAUCCCAUCACCAUAUUAGGGUUGAAGGAGGUGGAAGAGCUCCCUCAAUGCGUCUUUCAGGAACUGGACUUUCAACUAAAGUGGGUGAGCAAAAGCUUCAUUUAGUUGGAAAUUUAACAACUGCAGAUGGAAAAUUUUGGAGGCCCCCAAGUGUUGCUUCAAGAGUGAAUCCUGGUUUUAACUCUUCAGUUCAGGAUGUUCAAGCAGUUAACACAGGGCUUUCAACUGGUGCAUGGCCCACAAUAAGCACGCACAAUUCUCAGUUAUUAAAUUCAACGUCUAUGAUCCCACCUCAAAAACAGAUAAGGGAUCAGUUUGAUGCUAUGAAUACAGUUGCUAAUCAUGGUCUGAAUGAGCGACGUAUUGAUAAUAUAGAUCUCAGACCACAGUUUGAGUUGCCUCGUUUGCCUGUUCAACAUCCUGGUGCAGUCCCAUUAAAUCAUCAAAGGUCUGGACAAAUUUCUCUAUCACAACCACAGUUGCCGUGUCAGGAUGUUCUACAGAAUAAGGUUCCACCAGCUGCAAUGGCAGUUCCAACUCAUACUCUAAUGCCACCGUCGAAUUAUGGCUACACUCCACAAGGUCAGGGUGUAUCUGGUGUGCAAUCUACUCUGCCUAUGGUGAAUAUCCCAAAUACAUCUUUGCAGUUCACUGGAGCAGCCUUGCCACCCAUAGCUAGAGUUCCAACUCCUGCUGCACCUCAAAUGAUGCCUACACUUCAACCUUCUGGUCAAGUCACUCAAAGUGCUCCCCAAGGUGGUACUUUUUCCAAUUUGAUCAACACUUUGAUGGCUCAAGGCUUGAUUUCAUUAUCAAAUCAAGCUCCUCCUGAGGACUCUGUGGGCACUGAGUUCAAUAUGGAACUCCUAAAGGAGCGUCAUGAGUCAACAAUAACUGCUCUAUACUCUGCCCUUCCUAGGCAGUGCACAACAUGUGGUCUUCGAUUCAAAUCCCAAGAUGCUCAUAGCAGUCACAUGGAUUGGCAUGUAACCAAGAACCGGCUAUCUAAAAACCGCAAGCAUAAUCCUUCUCGUAAGUGGUUUGUAAGUCUUAGUAUGUGGCUCAGUAGUGCAGAGGCAUUGGGCACCGAUGCAGUUCCUGGAUUUCUACCUCUUGAAGAUGUUGUGGAGAAGAAGGAUGAUGAUGAACUAGCUGUUCCUGCAGAUGAUGAGCAGAAUGCUUGUGCUUUAUGUGGUGAGCCUUUUGAUGAUUUUUAUAGUGAUGAGACUGAGGAAUGGAUGUUCAGGGGGGCUGUCUACAUGAAUGCACCAACUGGGUCAACAACUGAGAUGGAUAGGUCUCAAUUAGGUCCCAUUGUGCAUGCAAAAUGCAGGUCGGAGUCUAGUAGCAGUUGCAUUGAGGCUUCCAAAAAACAUGAUGAGGGUUAUACAGAUGAUGGAGGUCUGAGGAAACGAAUGCGCAGUUAGCUUAUUUAGAUCAGCUUGUAGGUGAUUUGUAAGGGUCCAUAAUUGUUGGUUAACAUGCCUGAUUCAUGUACUUGUACAGAUCGUAUUGUACCUGUCAGAUUUUCUUGCACAAAAAGGUUACAAAAUAGAUUUGCAACAUUUCUCUCGGCAUGUCUAUCUUAUCACA